AUGUGGCUAGUUACUGCCACCCAACCACCACAGAGGCCUUGGAUACCCUUGACGCGACCAAAUAGGACUCGUCCAUCAUGUAUAUUCACAGUGAUGUGUUACAAUGUGUUAUGCGACAAAUAUGCAACGAGACAGAUGUACGGCUAUUGCCCGAGCUGGGCGUUAGAAUGGGACUACAGGAAGAAGGGUAUACUAGACGAGAUCAGGCAUUACGCUGCGGAUAUCAUCAGUUUACAGGAAGUGGAAACGGACCAGUUCUACAAUUUCUUCCUGCCGGAGCUCAAGUCUGAUGGUUAUGACGGUAUAUUCUCUCCCAAGUCCCGAGCAAAGACUAUGUCGGAGUCUGAAAGGAAAUAUGUUGACGGAUGCGCGAUAUUUUUUAGAUCUGCUAAAUUCUCAUUAGUAAAAGAACACCUUAUUGAAUUCAACCAAUUAGCGAUGGCAAAUAGUGAAGGUUCAGACAACAUGUUGAAUCGCGUCAUGCCCAAAGACAAUAUCGGUUUAGCGGCACUUCUUAAGACAAAGGAAGCGGCCUGGGAAAACGGGGUACCAACAGAAACGGCGGUUCUCGCGCAACCUAUAUUAGUCUGCACAGCGCACAUACACUGGGAUCCCGAGUUUUGUGAUGUGAAAUUGAUACAGACAAUGAUGUUAAGUAACGAAUUAAGGACAAUUUUGGAUGAUUCUGCUAGAACUCUACGUCUAACUGGACAGAAAGACAAUAUUCAACUUUUAUUGUGUGGAGAUUUCAAUUCUCUUCCCGAUAGUGGUGUUGUAGAGUUCCUAUCAUCAGGGCGAGUGUCGUCCGAGCAUCGGGAUUUCAAAGAGCUGGGUUACGCCACGUCCCUCAGACGCAUGCCCGGCUCUGAACACGAAUUUACCCAUAACUUCAAACUUGCAUCCGCCUACAGUGAAGAUAUAAUGCCGUAUACUAAUUAUACGUUCGACUUCAAAGGCAUCAUCGACUACAUAUUCUACAGCAAGCAGUCGAUGACGCCGCUCGGGCUGCUGGGCCCGCUCUCGCAGGACUGGUUCCGCGAGCACAAGGUGGUCGGCUGUCCGCACCCGCACAUACCGUCAGAUCACUUCCCGCUGCUAGUAGAGCUCGAGAUGUCUCCCACAACGAGCCCAAACAGCAACGGUCUCAUCGGGCGUAGG